GCUAACCACACCUUUUUCUAUCCCCCAUUUUGCAGUAAACCAGAAUGCUGAAGUCAGUUUGCAUGGUGGUAGCCGCCGCAAUGCUGGUGGUGAAUGUGGUGGUGCCGCCUGCUGCGGCGGCGAUGGGCUGCGGCACGGUGGUGUCGUACCUAAAUUCGUGCAUCCCAUAUGUUACUGACAGGGGCCCUCUGGGUGGUUGUUGUAAUGGGGUUGAAGCACUUUACGCCGCCGCCGACACGGCGGCGGACCGGCAGAGUAUUUGCAACUGCUUGCAGUCUGUGGCGUCGUCGUACACAGCCGUCAACUUCGGCAAGGCCGCCGAACUCCCCGCCCGAUGUGGAGUCAACAUUCCCUACAAGAUCAGCCCUUCUACUGACUGUGCAAAGGUGCAGUGAGUUUAAUCGACUGAAAGACUGCACAAAAAGCAAAUGAAGCAUUUGGGGCAUGUGGUUCUCAAUCUAAUUAUGAUUGGAUUUCUCUUUCACUCCUAAUUAAUCUUUGUAUCAGCAUCUGUUAG